AUGUCCGGAAGAACAGAUACGACCUAUUCAAUUUCAACAUCAACAAACUCUAAAACUGUAAAUUAUUAUGAUGACAGUGGAUCUCCACUUUUCUUCAAAAAACUGAUUGUCGUUAACUUCUUAGAGGCAAAGAAUGAUUAUAGAGUAACUUAUGGUAGGAAUUCGUAUUUAGUUUCUUCUUCAAAUUCACUCACCUUCAAGAUUCCAAGCCAUACAGUUAUUAUAUUCACAAGAUUUGCUGAUUUAUCAGGUAUUGCCAACGCAUCUGACACUUAUCUGAAUCUGUUUGGCACAGAUGAAAUAUUAGCACUUGAUUUUCGUUCAAAUGGUACAUUGAACAUAUCUACCAUGAAAUCAACAGCAUAUUGCGAUUUUGUUGCUUUCAACUUUUCAACAGCUAAGUAUGAUCAUCAUCUAGUCCUUGUAGGUACUAAAGCUUAUAGGCAUAAAUUACUUGAUGGGGGCAAUAAGUACUGUACAUACUCUACAGGAGCAUCUAAAAUCAUUCCUGAAUCCAACAUUAGACACUACUCCAUUGAUCAAUUCGGAAAACGUAAAUAUGAUGAAACAUAUGAUGAAAAAUCAAUUGAUGGACCUUCAAUAACAAUAUAUCUUUCAUCCUUAUCAAUGAUGAAUAAUAAAAUGACAUUUAUAAAUAACGGAACAUCAAAUGAAACAAAUUAUAUUUUGCAUACUUAUUCAAAACAACAUUUUUAUCAGAUUGGCUUUUAUUCUCCUUCUGAUAUAAUGACACAUGCAGAAGAAGGAGAGGAAAUAGAUCCUGAUAAUGCUUCAAAAAUAUCACCUGGAAAGAUUGCUGGAAUUAUUAUUGGAGCUGUUGUUGUUCUGUUGAUUAUUAUUGCUAUACCAGUAAUCUGUCUGAUCUAUGGGCACCAUUCUACUGAUGUUCAAGAAUAUCCAUUACAAUCUAACCCUUUGAACUUAAAUCUAGAAACAAGUGAACGACCAGUUCAAAAACCGACAUAUUAUCCCGAACGUUCACAACGGACUCAGUCAUACUCUCGGCCGCUUGUUAAUCCAUAUCCUCAACAACAGCAAGUACCUUAUUAUGCACAACCACCAUCACCACAGGAUGGAUACAUAACACCAGCACCUAUAAUGCCAUUAUAUCCUGCUCCUGAAACAAAAGAUGGAUAUCUUUAA